CGCGGUGCCCGUGACGCGCGCGCAAAGCCCGCGCUCCGAGGCCCGAACGCGGCUCCCGCAGCGCAGCAGCAGAGCGAGCAGGCGAGGAGAGGAGGCCGGGCCCCACCAUGCGCGGCCGGCAGGGGGCGCUGUCCGCGGUGCUGACCGUGGUCCUGCUGUGGCCGCGGCCGUCGCCGUCCUGCCCCGCGCCCUGCGCCUGCUUCGUCCCCAGCGAGGUCCACUGCACCUUCCGCUCGCUGCCCGCGGUGCCCGCCGGGCUCCCCGCGCAUGCGCAGAGGCUCAACCUGGGCUUUAACAGCAUCCAGUCCCUGUCCGUGGCCUCCUUCUCCGGCCUGACCAAGCUGGAGCUGCUGCUGAUCCACGGCAACGAAAUCCCCGACAUCCCGGACGGGGCCCUGAAGGACCUCAGCUCUCUGCAGGUGCUGAAGCUCAGCUACAACAAGCUGCGGGCGGUGACGGGGAGGACGCUGCGCGGUCUGUCCGUCCUGCGGCGGCUGCACCUGGACCACAACCGCAUCGAGUCCGUCCACCCCGGGGCCUUCCGCGGCCUCGCGGCCCUGCGGCUGCUGCACCUGGAGGGGAACCGGCUGCGGCAGCUGCAUCCCGGCACCUUCGCCACCGUCCCGCUGCUCGGCCACCUCGGCCCGUCCACCCUGCGCCACCUCAACCUGGCCGGGAACCGCCUGGCCGCGCUGCCCCCCGCCAUGAUGGCCACGCUGCCCCUGCUGGACUCCCUGCACCUGCACGGCAACCCCUGGGCCUGCGACUGCCGUCUGCACGGCCUCCUGCGCUGGGCCCGGCCACGCACAGGGGUCCUGAAAUGCCGGAAGGACAAGGCCUACGAGGGCGGCCAGCUGUGCGCCACCUGCGCGAGUCCCCGGCUGCUGAGGACCCGGGAGAUCCAGCAGCUGACGCACGUCACCUGCGCCAGGCCGUCCAUCCGGUCGCCCCUGAGGCCGAACCGCACGGGGGUCCCCGCGGACGAGGACGGGGACGAGGACGGAGAGGCCGACGACCACCAGGUGGCCCUGGAGGGGCUCCUGUCCUCCCCGGGGUGGACCGUCACCCUGAACAUGACCGACGAGCACGGCAACGCGGCCGAGCUGGCCUGUACCAUCAAGAAGUCGAUCAACAUCCGCCGGCUGCAGCUGAACCAGACGGACGCGGCCGGGACGGACGUGGACGCCACCGUGGGCCUGGACCUGGGCUGUCCGGUGACCCGGCGGACCUACGAGAGGCUGUGGAAGCUGAUCGCGUACUACAGCGAGGAGCCGGUGACCCUGGUCAGGGAGCCCGGGGACGGCCAUCGCUACCGCCAGGAGGCCGCUGAGGAUGCGCUGUACUACACGGGCGUCCGGGUGCAGAUGGCGGCCGAGCCCGCCUGGCUCCUGCAGCCGUCCGUCCGGAUCCAGCUGGACCGGCGCCUCAGCACGGCCGGCCAAGUCCUGCUGUCCUUCGGCACGCGGUUUGUCCUCCCCGCGUCCGGCGAGGCGGCCGGGGACGCGGGGGCCGGCGGCUGGGUCAUGGUGGACGCUGACGGGGCCGGCCCCCGGGCCCUGGCCGCUGUGGAAGGCUCUUCGUGCGUCCUGAGCUGCCCCGUCCACGCGUCCGAGCGUCCGUCCAUCUCCUGGAUCCUCCCGGACGGCUCCGUCUUGGAGGCCCCGACGACCGACCCGACCGGCCGGCUGUCCGUCCUCAGCAGCGGCCGUCUGACCGUCCGCUCCCUGCGGCCGUCGGACUCCGGCCGGUACGUCUGUGUGGCCCGGGUGGCCGGUGACGCGGACCACGCAGAGUACCGGGUCUCGGUGCAAUCAACAAACGUCGCCCACACGGACUCGCCCGCGGCCACCGUGCGCACGGACGCCGGGCAGCCGCUGCUGCUGCCCUGCGUGGCGUCCGCCGUCCCCGAGGCCACGGUCACUUGGAUCCUUCCGGACGCCACGGCCGUCGGUGCCACCGCCAAUCGGUCGGACGCCUUCGUCACGCCCGACGGGUCCCUGUCCCUCCCCAGAACCCACGCGGGGGACGGCGGCCUCUACCGCUGCGUGGCCGUCAACCAGCGAGGGACGGACCGUCUGACCGUCAGGGUCGCCGUGACCAACAAGAGGCCGCGGCGUCCAGGCCCGAAACCGGCGUCCGAGUCCACGCGGGACAUCGUCCAGGACGAGGGCGGCUCGGGCGAGGGGGACGAGGACCAGGCGUCCCCCAGGGCGCCGGCCGGGGACGACAAGGCCAAGACAGGGCGGAGGAAGCUCAGAGUCUGGAAGGAGCCGGAAGCCAAGAUGGCGGAGGGCCGCAGGUUCGAAUCCAGGCGCAGAAUCCAGGUGGCCAACAAGCAGAUCAACCCCGAGCGCUGGGCGGACAUCUUGGCCAGAGUCCGGGGCAGAAAUGUCCGGAAGGGGACGGAGAUCCCGGCCACCGCUCCCUCACCCGCGGGGCCGCAAAUGUCACCCACGGCGGCAUCGCCCGUGCGGUCACCUCCGUCCGAGCCUCCCCGACGGACGGCCACCGGCCCCGAGGAUGAGUCCUCUGCCGACCCGGCCCCGUUCGGGGACGAUGACCGGGUGUCCGGCCCCGUGUCGUCCACGUUGGACCCACUGGACGCUGUCAACGGGGAGGGAGCCGCCGGGCUUCGGCCCACGACGUCGGACGCAGACGUCCCCGGGGUCACAACCGGUCAGCAGGAGCCUCCGCUGGAGGCUGGCUCCUUGGCGGAGGCCGAGACGGAUGGACACUUCCAUUUGGAGGUCAAUUCAGAGGCCAGUGAGGUCGAGACCUUGGCGAGGGUCCAACCGACGUCCGCCAUGUUGGUUUCUGGCUCUGGUCUACCAGAUGUCCCCAGUGGCCAUCUUGCAAGGAACGAAUUAAGCGGUCAACAAACCCCACCGAUGACCCAAAAGGGGACAAGGAAGAAGUCCCACUUUCGUCCGACGUCCGCCAUGUUGGUCCCUUCUCCGUCAUCUCCAUGGGGACAAACGGGUAGCAGCCAUCUUGAGAAAAGUAGCCUGAGCGCCCAACCAACACCACUGACCGGAAAGGGGAUGAAGAGGAAAUCACAGAGCGACUACACGACCUCCGGACCAGCGUGGAGUCGGAGCCAAGAUGGCUUCUCCAUCGCUGCUCCUCGUCCCACGUCCCUGGCACAGCGGGUGCCAAACACGGUCGCCGUUCCAGGGGACGAAGAUGCCACCCCAACGGCCAGGGUGACAUGGAGCCCCAAGACCCCGUCCCCGUCUCCUGGGGUCCCCCACGCUUCUCGAAGGAGAGCCAAAGGGAAGAGGAGAUUCCGCCCCCAUAAAGCAGCCGACCGGCAGAGGCAAACCCCAAAGAUGGCGUCUCCUCCACCCCCAACCCCGACGAUGCCGCCUGCUCGUGCCCCUCGGGUGGACACCACGGUCAGCACCCCCCGAUCACAGAAGCCCACGCGGCUGGGACCCCAAGAAAGGCCACGACGGAGACACGGGAAGAAACCCGGUAAGCACCAAGAUGGCGCCUCCACCAUGAGCUCUGUGACCUCUGUGUCCCCACCCAGUCCUUCCCGGGGUCACGGCCACCGCCAUCUUGUUCCGCCCACGCCUACGGAUGGAGGCACCAUUGGGGGCCCAUCUGGGGCCACCGGCUUGGGAUAUUAUGUGACCGUCAACCCAAAAACCCUACAAGAGUCCAGGCCAGCCACGGAUCGACCUGUGCCAGACGCACAGGGAAGAAACCAACAUGGCGUCACCCAUGGCCGUGACUAUGGGACAGACGCGCCGGUCACUUCUACGUCCUCGGUGUCCACCGUGGGGAAAUCGGGGGUCGAGCCGUCACCAUUAGUCACUCGAGGAACACCAAGAUGGACUCCUUCCAAGACAGCCCGGCCGGGGGAAGGACAGACAGACGCACCUGUUGGCGCUUUUGGGGCAGACCCGACAGAUUCUCCCCAUCCUAAAGAACUGGAGGACGUAGGUUUCCCUUCAGACUUCCUAUCUGACCCUAAAGUCUCGUCCCCCUUUCGACGGGAAGAAAUGGGUCACCCGGCCACCGUCCCCAAAAUACGGAUGGCGUUGACUUCCACUCAAGGGGGAACGACGGCCAUCGGCGGUCAGAACGACGCCCAAGUCACCCACAGCGCGUCUGAAAGCGGACCCCAGAAUCCCAGUCCUAGUCCCGUCUGGACAGACCACUGGAUGUCUCCCGUGUCCCCGAUAGAAAGGACGACCAAGCCCGCCAUUGUCACCCCAACCUCACACCCGCCACCACCGGGUUCCACGGAAGGCGUCUCCUUCAAUUUUGUGGGGAACCCAGAAACCGAAGGUCCACCGAUGGUGUCAACCAACCCCAGUGGCGGCCGAGUGACCCAUCUACGCCUUCUUCCCACCAAGAUGGCGUCAACCAACCCCAAUGGCGGCCAAGGGACCCGUCUAUGUCCUCGUCCCACCAAGAUGGCGUCAACCAACCCCAAUGGCGGCCGAGUGACCCAUCUACGCCUUCUUCCCACCAAGAUGGCGUCAACCAACCCCAGUGGCGGCCGAGUGACCCGUCUACGCCUUCUUCCCACCAAGAUGGCGUCAACCAACCCCAAUGGCGGCCGAGUGACCCAUCUACGCCUUCUUCCCACCAAGAUGGCGUCAACCAACCCCAAUGGCGGCCGAGUGACCCGUCUACGCCUUCUUCCCACCAAGAUGGCGUCAACUUAUCCUCAGAGGAAGAGUUGGGGGAGGGACCGCUGCGGGGGAACGGUCCAGCCAUUGCAUAUGGCGGCCACCGGGACUUCCUCUGGACAUUCUGGAACAUUCCAGCCUCCCCGUCGCACCACCGACAAACCCCAGAUCCUCCCCAACGGCCAACGUCUCACGACCCCAAAAUCACCAACGGCCACACCCGCCCCUUGGCGCAAACCCGGCCCCCUUAAUAAGGUCACCGACCCCAAGAGGGACCCCAGACCCAAUGGCUACGCCGAAGAGACCGGGCGUAAUGUCUUCCCCGAGCCAAGAAACCCAAUGCAGGGGUUCCCACAGCCGGGGGUCACCCCAAAGUCCCCGAUGUCCACGUCCCUGACCCCGCUGACGGGACGCAGGAAAGUGGACCCUGGGCCCUACAACAGGGUCCAUUCCCAGAGCUCCAUCUUCAGGGCUCUUGGUCCCCCGGCUCCCCCGCUUUUUCCCGCUCCCCGCACCGUGGAACCACCGUCACCCCGGCCACCAACGUCCCCCGUGGCCGGCCCCACAAGGUCCUCCGUCCCCUUCCCUGUGUCUCCCGUCCCUUCCAGAAGCUUCCAGCAGACCAGCCUGAAGGUCGUGGGGGGCCCCCCUGCCUCCAAAUUCUGGACGCUUGGGGAAAAACCCCAAAUCAUCAGCAAAACCCCACAGACGGUGUCUCAAGGCCGAGGCGAUGUCGUCUUCCCUUGCGAGGCCACAGGGAAGCCCAGGCCUUUUGUCACCUGGACCAAGGUGUCCACAGGAGCUCUGAUGACGCCAAACACCGAAUUCAGCGUUUUUGAGGUCCUGAAGAACGGAUCUCUGGUCAUCCACAACGUCCAGGUGCAGGACCGGGGUCAGUACCUGUGCACGGCCAGCAACCUGCACGGGGCGGACAAGACGGUGGUGCUGCUCUCCGUCAUCCAGCAGCCUCAGAUUUCGGCUUCUCCUUACCAGGACGUCACCAUCUUCCUGGGGGAAACCAUAGCCAUGGAGUUGGCCAAGGGCAGCCCGGACCCCCAGAUUUCCUGGAUCUUCCCCGACAGGACGGUGUGGCACACGGUGUCCCCGGCCAGUCGGGUCACCUUGCACGAAACCGGACCUUGUCCAUAAAAAGACGCCACCUUUUCGGACAGAGGCGUCUACAGGUGCGUGGCCAGCAACGCAGCGGGGGCGGACAGUCUGUCCAUCCGCCUGCACGUGGCCGCCCUGCCGCAGGUCAUCCAGCAGGACCAGGCGGAGGACAUCUCGCCCCCGGGGCUCAGCAUCCACGUCCACUGCUCGGCAAGGCUGCGCCCCCGGCCCAGCGUCCGCUGGGUGCUGCGGGAUGGAACCCAGCUCCGCCAUCGCAGUUCCUGCACGGCCACUCUUCGUCUUCCCAACGGGACGCUGUUCAUCCGGAACCUGACCCCCAAGGACAGCGGCCGCUACGACUGCGUGGUCUCCAACCCGGUGGGCUCGGCGCGCAGGAGUGCAGCUGACCGUGCGGCGCCCGCGGCUGCCAAUGCGCACAUCACGGGGCUCCUCUCCCCGAGGACGGACGUCGGCUACGGGGGGACCCUGAGGCUGGACUGCAGCGCGGCCGGACCCUGGCCGCGCAUCCUCUGGCGCCUGCCCACGGAGGUUGGGGUGUCCAAAAGGAUGGUGGACUGGCUCUUCAGCUCCGACGGCCGGAUCAAGGCCUUCGCCAACGGGACGCUGCUGGUGGAGUCCGUCACCGACAAGGACGGCGGCGACUACCUGUGCGUGGCCAGGAACGGGGUGGGCGAUGACCGUGUGGCCCUCCGGGUGAACGUGGUGAUGAAGCCGGCCAAGAUCGAGCACAAGGACGACCGCCACGACCGCCGGGUCUUCUACGGGGGGGACCUGAAGGUGGACUGCGUGGCCACCGGCCUUCCGGACCCCGAGAUCUCCUGGAGUCUUCCCGACGGCCGUCUGGUCAACUCGCUCGUCCACCCCGGAGAGGACGACGGUGGCCGCUACAUGGUCUUCCACAACGGGACCCUGUAUUUCCAUGAGGUCGGCAUGAGGCAGCAGGGCGACUACACCUGUGUGGCCCAAAACCAGCUGGGCAAGGACGAGAUGACCGUCAGGGUCACGGUGGUGUCCGGGCCGGCGGCCAUCGCGGACGAGAGCUACCUGGCGCUCCGGGUCCCUUACGGGGACACGGUGACGGUGGCUUGCGCGGCCCGAGGGGAACCGGUGCCGAAGGUGACCUGGCUGUCCCCGGCCAACAGGGUCAUCCCGUCCGCGUCCGAGAAGUACCACGUCGACGGGGAGGGGACGCUGGUCAUCCGGAAGGUCCAGCGCUCGGACGACGGGAAUUACACCUGCCUGGUCCGGAACAGCGGCGGGGAGGACCGGAAGACGGUGUGGGUCCAGGUGACCGUCCGGCCGCCCACGAUCAACGGCCACCCGGACGCGGUCACCACAGUGCGGGAGGUGGCCGCCGGGGGGACCGGAAGGUCAUCGGACUGCCUGGCCGAGGGCGUCCCGACGCCCAGGGUCCUGUGGUCACUCCCGGAGGGCGUGACCCUGCCGGCCCCCUACUACGGGAACGGGGUGACCGUCCACCAGAACGGCAGCCUGGACAUCAAGACCCUGAGGAAGGCCGAGUCGGUCCAGCUGGUGUGCAUCGGCCGGAACGAGGGCGGGGAGGCCAAGCUGAUCGUCCAGCUGACCGUCCUGGACCCGGGGGGGAGACCCCGGUUCCGCGACCCCGCGGCCGAGGCCAUCACGGCCACCGCCGGCCACACCAUCAACCUGAACUGCUCGGCCACGGGGACCCCGAGGCCCACGCUGUCCUGGGUCCUUCCCGACGGCACCGAGCUGCGCGGUGGACAGCGGCUCGGCCGGUUCUACCACAGAGCGGACGGCGUGCUCCUCGUCAGCGGCCUGUCCCCGGCGGACGCCGGGCCGUACCGCUGCCUGGCCAGCAACCCGGCCGGCCACGCCGAGCGGCUGGUGUCCCUCAAGGUGGGCCGGGAACCCGACCCCAGCGGCCACCACCGCAACCUGGUCAGCAUCACCCACGGCGAGACCCUCCGGCUGCCCUGCCCUGGCGCGACCUGGACGCUGCCCGGUGGCCUCUCGCUGGACGGCGGGUCGCUUCUCCGUCUCGGACGACGGACCCUGACGUACGCCGGGGUGUCGGUGUUCGACCGGGGGACUUACCUGUGUCGGGGGGACGCCGGCCAUGGUCCUUCUGUGGUCAGCUUCCCGGUCGUCGUCAUCGCCUACCCGCCCAGGAUCACCACCGAGCCGACGCCGGUCAUCUACGCCCGUCCCGGCCACACCGUGACGAUGACCUGUAUGGCCGUGGGGAUUCCCAAAGCCGAGGUCACCUGGGACACCCCGGACGGGUCACGGCUGACCGUGGGGACCCAAGCUCGUCUCUACGGCAACAGGAUGGUCCACCCGCAGGGCUCCCUGACCAUCCAGAGCGCCACCGCGAGGGACGCCGGCUUUUACAAGUGUGUCGCCAAGAACCUGUUGGGGACAGACUCCAAGGCCACCUACGUCCACGUCUACUGAAGAGUCCACCGUGUCCUCCACGUCACGCGACCCGAGGGCCGGCCACCGACGGGUCAGGAAAUUCAAGAUGGCGGGCCCGUGGCCCCGGACGGCCCAGUGUGACCUGGACUUUGACCCGGGCUCCGUCCGAAAGGACGGGGGUCACGGGGGAUCUUUGGGAUCUGCCAUCCCGACCCCGGGCCGUCAGCUCGUCCACGGGAUUUUCCCUGGGGUCCACGGGGCAGCUCGGGAUUUUGCAAAUGGCGCCCCUGUUUGGGAGAGCGUCUUGGAG